AUGGAUCAGCGGGAGGGCAGCAGGAAGCGUGCGCGGGGAGAGGAGGAGGAGGUGGACUCGCCGCCAGUGAAGAUGACGGCUCUGGCGGCGGCGGCGGCGGCGGCUGAUGCGCUGGCGGAAGCGGCAUUCCAGGAGGCGGCGCCGGCGGUGGUGGAGGGUGGGGAUGGGGAUGGGGAUGGGGAUGCGUGGAAGCCGCCGCCGGGGGUGUUCGACUUCCCUUGGCUGAGUUGCCAUGGCGGCCUGGACGCCCCCGUCACCAGCCCCCUGGUGGAGCUCCGGGAAGUGUUCUUCCGGUCGGCUGUGGACGGGCACGUGGCGGCGGUAGGCGUGCCCGGCGACCGCUUCAUCGCGCCGCCGAGCAACAUGAUGCUGUUCGUCGUCUUGGAGGAGUGGGUCGUCACCGCCGGCGAGGACGAGGUGGACCCCAUGUGGCGCUCCGUGCUCGAGGGGGCCAAUCCCUCCGCGUGA